AUGGCGAGUCCGAGUUGGCGAGCAAGGCCACCACUAUCGACGGUCAACAGCACCCCUCUGCUACCGCUUUCUAAAGCCGAGCGAGAGUGGCAGCGCCAGAAGAACACUGAAGGCGCGCACAACCCCGCCAUCGACGCCAUCAUGGAGAUGACAGGCCUCGAAGAAGUCAAAGCCCAAGUGCUGCGGAUCAAGGCUAAGAUCGACACCACUCAACGCCAGGGCGCGUCGCUCAAGGACGAACGGUUUAACGUCGUUCUGAGAGGUAAUCCAGGUACUGGCAAAACAACUGUCGCGCGACAUUACGCGAAGUUCCUCGCCUCAGUCGGCAUCGUCCCCGGGGACUCAUUCAUCGAGAUGACCGGGUCUCGUCUGGCACAUGACGGCGUUCGCGACAUCAAAGAGCAGAUCGAAGAGAUGCGCGACGAGGGCGGCGGCGCGAUAUUCGUCGACGAAGCGUAUCAGCUCACCGAAGGGCACAAUUUCUGCGGCGGACCGGUCCUCGACUUCCUCCUCGGCGAGAUGGAAAAGAGCGCUGGCGAGAUUGUCUUCAUCUUUGCGGGCUACAGCAAGCAGAUGGAGAAGUUCUUCGAGCACAACCCGGGUUUGUCCAGCCGUGUGCCGUACUCGCUGCAGUUCAAGGACUACACCGAUCUCGAGCUCCUGUAUAUGUUUGGGAAGCUGAUACUGAAGAAGUAUAAUGGGCAGAUGAAGGUCGAGGGCGGGAUGUUCGGGCUGUACAUGCGCAUCGCGAUCAGGCGU